UUAUAUUUUUCUCUGAUCUAAGGACUGUUGUAGUGCCAAUUCAAAAGAGUGUUUCUCCAUCUUAGCAACUUUAACCAACAUACUGGCAGCAUGUAGUAACAGUUGGAAGGGACCUCGGAGGUCAUCUAGUCCAACCCCCAGCUCAAGCAGGAGAUGUAUACUAAUUUCUAACAAAUACUUGUCCAGUCUCUUCUUAAAAGCUUCCAGGGAUGGCAUACCCACACCUUUCCGAAGGCAAAUCUCAUCCAAGCUUCUUGGAUGAGAAGCGAAACGUCACGUCUUCAAAAAAAACACAAGAAAGUCCAAUUGCCUCCUGAAAAAAGCGCCUUUGGGAAAGUCCCCCCUUAAUUGCAGGUUGCCUCUCUUCUUGAUUAGUUUCCAUCCAUAGUUUCUUUUCCUGACUUCAGGCGCCUUGGUAAAUAAAUUGGCCCAAGUGAAGUCCAGACAUCUCAAGAUUGCCAAAACUACAUAUAUUCACAACCUUUAAACAAAUAAACUGUAAUCUAAAACACCAGAGAUUGGUGUAAAUUACACAUCCUUUAGAAAACUCCACCCAGGGUGAGAGCGCGAACACCACGAAACGCCCCGCCUCUUUCCUGGUCAGCUGGAGCGGCCGCCUGAACAAGGAGCCGGAACUGAGUGAUGGUAAAGCUCAGCCAAUUACAGCCAGGAAGAAAAGAAGCGGGCCCGACAAACAAAAUGGCCUACGCAGUUUUGUUUUGAUAGCUCGUGUUUCGCUCCGCUAGCUGCGUCCGCCAGUCGUUUCCUGGAAGCGCUUUCGGAGAGUCAGACUUCAAGAGGAGUUUGAACCAGUUUGAUCUAGGAGUUAAGACACCAGCUAGAAACCAAGAAAAGAAAAUCCUUAUGGAAACUAAUCCUCUAAGGAAAGGAUAGAAAACUAGAAGCAUGACAGAAGAAUCAGUAGCCAAAUCUCAUGUUGACUGCAGGCGGACUAAAAGAUACAUAUUUCCUGAACAUCAGGAUGAUGACAACGAAAUUACAUCCUCCUCCUCGUCAACGUCAUCAUCGUCAUCAUCAUCAUCAGAAGAAAAUCCCAAGUCCAGUUUGAAAGAAGAUGUAGAUGGAAAAGAAGAAGAGACCUCCAUACUUAGCAAAAGGAACAGUGAGGCUGGGAGUGAUGCAGAUUUUCAGAAAGGAGGCAGUGAAGUGUCUUCAGAGGAUCUGGAAGAAGGAAACAUCUCCUUUGGAAAAAGGAAGAGACCUUGGGCAGCCAUGAUAUAUUACAGUGAUCAAAGCAGUGACAGUGAUGUUCCUAGGAAAGUGAUCGCUAAAGGCAGGAACUUAAUUAGCAAAGACGAUUUAUCUGUUGAUGGGGAGUCACCCACAGCCCCAGCAGAGAAAGCUGCAAAUAAGAAACAAGAAAUACACAUAAAACUGCAAAAACUGUCUUUCCCGCAAUCAAGAAAAUCUGGCAAAGUCAAUCAACGUGAUGAGGGAAGUGUAGAUGAUGACUUGGUCCAACAUGAUGCUCACUCACCCUUCACAGAAGAAGGUGAUGUGUCUAAUAAAGACAGCAUGAAAGUUUUCAUCAGUGAUGAUGAAGAAGAGGAAGAAGAAGAAGAAAAAGAAGAGGAGUGGGAAUGGGGGAACUUUGAGGAAGAAGAGCCCCAACAUCAAAACAGACAGCAUUGUAGGGCCAGUAACUUAUUGGAGAAACAUGUUCCAUUCGUGCCUUUGGUCGAUCAUUAUUUGCACUUUCAAAGAGUCGUAAAAGCCUUUCUCAUCAAUGCAACUGAUGAUACAUUUUUGAGCUCCUUAUAUGAGGGGAAAAGACAGAACAGAUUUGCGCAGGAUUUGCGAACUUCCCUCUAUUAUUUGGAUCACCACUUUAUUCAGCCUCGCCUUGAAAGUCUAGUUUCCGGAUGUUGCUGGAAAGAACGAUACAAGACACGAGUAGACGGUUACUCUGAUGUCCGCAUAAUUUCAGAACCCUCAGAGACGCGUAUUUGUCAAGCCUGUGAGCUAGACAGAGAUUGUAAUUUUAUAGUGGUUUUUUCUGGAAAACAGUACAUUCCUAAAACACUGACAGUGGAUGACUUCCUGUCCCACAAUACACAGAGGUUGAAGGUUGAUGUUGUAUGUCAAAAGCGUACCCAGGUUUAUCACGAUCUGAAGCACUAUAAAUAUAAGUUGUAUCAGAAAUGCUGUUCAGCUAUAAAAGAGGAAUAUCGUCAAGAUGAGCCAGCCAAAGAGUUAGUGAAACGAGUUUUCAGUCAAUUGAAUGAAGACAACUGGAUAUGUAAGGAAUAUUCUGUCCUCUACAGAUAUCUGGACAAAGUAGAGGAAUUCCAUAAAUUUUAUGAAGAUUUUAAAAGGAACAUCCUUUCAUUUGUGUGAGGCUACUGAUGGGUUUUUACCUCUAUACCUCAUUUCUGCUAUUAUUCUUUUUUAUUUAUGGUUUACUCUAGCAUGCAAAUAUAUGUGCUAAAUUUCUUUUUUUUUCUACUUUAUUUUAAUUAUCAAAAUAAUCUUCCUAAUAUAAAUUAUGUAAAGAAAGACCCUUGAGGGCUGGAUCGCUCAUCGAACUAUCCUAAAAUCAAAUUGCACAUUCAUUCAACAAAUGAUUUUUUUCUGAAAUGUAUUACACAGGCACUCUCUUCAAAGAUAAAAUUUUCUAUGUUGCUUUUUGACGCUUUUGCUCAUUGUCUCUUAGUAUCAUAUUUUCUACAAAUUCUAUAAACUUUAGUUUAUUUUUUUCAGUCUUCGUAAAGCCUGCAGUCUUAUCCUUCCUGCUGAUACAGAAUUCAAGGAUUUUAUUAUCAGUGAUGUCAGAGGAAGAAACAUAGGAAGGAGCUGCCCUUAAUUUUUCAGACGCUUAAAAGUGAUGGCGCAAAAUUUCUAUCUUGCAAAAUUCUAUUAAUGUAGCCUUACAAUAAAGUAGAUUUAGCUGAACUAA